ACACACGGCUCCUUUGUCAACGAGUGAAAAAUACAUGUCUUUGUUUUCGUUUGCAAAAAUUCUUGUCGAAGCGUCGUUGCUUUGUUAUGAAUUGUGCAGUUUUAAUUUUUAAAGGAAAGAAUAUAAGAUAUAAAAGUGCUCGCGAUAAUAACUUCCAAGUUAAAAAUGUCGUCCAGCGAGACUCAGAAACCUGAGUCUUCAAAGGAUAAUAUAUCGAGCAAUUCGAUCGAUGAAGGUUUACCGAGGGAACUGAGUCAGUUAAGUCUUUCAAGUGGUUCCAGCCAAGACGAAUUCUUUUGUGACACAGGACACUCAGGUGCAGCCUUAAAAAAUAUUUUCGGCUAUUACCAAUCUCAGAAAUUGUGCGAUGUCGUCCUCAUUGCAGGAGGAUGCAGAAUACCUGCACAUAAAAUACUGCUUGCAUCAUGCAGUGAGUAUUUCGCAGCCAUGUUCACUGGGUCCUUGCGAGAAGCACAGUCCAGUGAAAUAACUCUUGAGAGAGUUGACCCUCAAGCUCUACAGGAUCUAGUGCACUAUUGUUACACUGGCACCAUAGAGCUGAGAGAGGAAACAGUUGAGGUGCUCCUUUCGACGUCGAGCUUGUUGCAGCUUAAUUCUGUUACAAAUGCUUGUUGCGCUUUCUUAAAGAAGCAGCUAGAUCCAUGCAACUGCCUGGGUAUAGCAUUGUUUGCUGAACAACAGUCAUGUUUGGAUUUACACAAAAGUGCUUUAAAAUACACUUACCAAAACUUCAUGCAGGUGGUAAAACAUCAAGAGUUCCUAUCGCUGCAGUGUGACCAACUGUCCAGUUUAUUGAAAUCUGAUGACCUCAAUGUAGUAACUGAGGAAAAUGUAUUUGAAAGCUUGAUGACUUGGGUUCAGCAUGAUAGCGCAACCAGAGAAUGCCAUUUGGCCACUUUACUGAAGCUAAUUAAGCUGCCUCUUCUUUCAUCUGAGUACCUUAUUGACAAGGUGGAACAGGCUUGUGGCAAUGUACCAGAAUGCCAGCCGCUCAUCAUGGAGGCUGUCAAGUGGCACCUGUUGCCUGAACGAAGGUCGCUUCUAUUCUCACACAGAACGCGACCACGGACGUCGACUAUUGGACGCCUUUUAGCUAUUGGCGGCAUGGAUGGAUAUAAGGGCGCCAGUAACAUGGAAAUGUACGAUCCUCGAACGAACACAUGGACGCCAUUUAUGCGUAUGGGAGCUAGGAGACUGCAAUUUGGUGUUGCAGUCAUGCAAAACAAACUUAUCGUUGUUGGCGGCAGAGAUGGACUUAAAACUUUAAAUACGGUGGAAUGCUUUGAUUUGACGUCUCUAAGCUGGAGCGUGCUGGCUCCUAUGAACACUCAUCGUCAUGGACUUGGGGUCGCAGUUCUAGGCGAUGGACCAAAUUCCCCCGUGUACGCAGUGGGCGGUCAUGAUGGAUGGAUAUACUUAAAUUCUGUUGAAAGAUGGGACGCGUGCUCCCGUACGUGGACGAUCGUGUCCCCGAUGACGGGGGCGCGUAGUACGUGCGGUGUGGCGGCCCUGCGCGGCCGACUCUACGCGGUGGGCGGCCGGGACGGCGGGGCCUGUCUGCGCUCCGUCGAGUGCUACGACCCUGCCACCAACCACUGGACUAACUGCGCACCUAUGACCAGGCGACGUGGAGGAGUUAGCGUGUGUGCAGCAGGCGGUUAUUUAUAUGCUCUGGGAGGUCACGAGGCACCCGCCAACACCGUUGGCGGCCGGCUGGCCUGUGUCGAGCGAUACGACCCUGUAGCAGACACUUGGGUUCUUUUAGCUCGCCUCUCUUAUGGUCGUGAUGCUAUUGGCUCUUGUCUACUCGGAGACCGAAUCGUUGCUGUUGGUGGAUACGACGGAGUUCAAUAUCUGUGCGUGGUAGAGGUAUAUGAUUCUGAGUCCAACUGCUGGCGUAAAUUGGCUCCUCUGAGCACUGGACGAGCUGGCGCCGCCGUGGUUUCCGUACCGCCGCCCAAAAAUGUCUUCUGAUAUAACGCCAUCCGCCGGCCGGUGGAUACUGCUAAAUUUGUUCCAAUAUUCUCAAUGUCUGAUCCAGAAGAUGAUGAUGACUACUAGAUACCAUUUACAUUCAAAUUAAAAUGAUUUCUUAAGGUUAAUUGAUAUCGUAUUUGAUCUUCGUAUGUUUAAUAAAAUCGAUCGUCUGUGACAAUUGGUAAUAAUGGAAGGCGUUGUCCAAGAUAAAUAAAAAAAAGAAAAUAUAAAAAUAUAGAUUCACUGCUUAUAGUCGAAUUUUCGUACUAUCAGUGACAAAAAAAAAAUAUUCCCUCUUGUUAAGAUUAGGGAUGUUCAAUAUUCAUAUCAUCAUAAUUAUUUUAUAUUUCACCAUUUUUCAUGAAUAUCAUAAUUAAUGUAAUCAACUUAAUGUACACAUAAUAACUCUUUAUGUAUUGCCUUGUUAAGUAAUGGCAGCCAAUUUUUAUUUCGAUCUCAAUAUCAAAGUCAAAUUCAAGCAUAGUGACUUAAUAUUCCAAUAAUGUUAGUUAAUGAUCUUUUAUGUACUUACAUGAAUUCAGUGUAGUGUGGAUAAAUAUUGGAACGCUUUUUCAAAAGGAGUUUACUUUGAUCUUUUUUUAUUUGCAAGACUGUAUUAAAUAUUUGAUUCCAUUAUCGAAUUUAAAGGCUUAAACUAGACUUUUUUCUUAGAAUGUAUUUAGUAGGUGUUAAAAAAUAAAAAAUUAGGUACAUGUUCGGCUUGGUGCAUGUUAUUUGAACAUCGCAAUGUUACUAUAUUCACUUGUAUUUUUCGAUAGAUUUCUUGAUUUAGGUACCCAAUGGUGGAAUACAGGCCCUGUUUCACCACUGCCAAAUUUUCUGAUGCCGUAACUUACACAUUUCAUAUGAAAUUAUCUAUUGGUAAUGAUUCAUCGCAACUCAACCGGAGGUCGUGAAACAGAGCCUGAACUUCUUAAGUCUAUAUUUGAAAUACAGUUUGUUUAUAAUAAUUAUAAGCUGUUAAAGAACAUAAGGAAAUGUUCUUAAUUGGUACUUAACUGAUCUCAGUACUAAGAAUGCAAAAUAAAUAUGUAGGAGUUCCUAGUUUUAGUUAUACCUAUAUUUUUCAUAGGAGACUGCUCCAAUAAUCUUUCAUUAAAUUAAAACUUCUUGAAAUAAAUAUUUUUUGAUAAGAUACAAAAGAAAUUAUAUUUUAAAAUUACAAAAGAGUAUAAAGCUUCUUUGAUAAGAUUAUACAAAAAUGUUUUAAUUGUUAUUUAUUGGAUUUUAUAGAUGGACAGAUGUGAAAUUGUAUUAACUUUAUUUAUUUUAUAGAUGCUUUAUUUUAUUUACAUUUUACAUAAAAGAUUGGUUUGGGGUUGUGAUGAGAAGCUCGAAUAACAAAUCGGUGGAUAGCCAAAAAUUUAGAAAAAUGCAGUCUCUUCAGUUUAAAGUGUAACUAAAUCCGUUCUAUUUUUUACGAUUGCAAUUAUAUUCUUCUUUAUUUUAAAUAAGGUACUUAUCGGUAGUUUAAUUUUUUUAAAAUAAUAAUUUUGUUGUAUUGUAAUUAUGACAAAAUUAUUGAGUGAUAAAAGUUAACUAUAAAUAAACUUUAGGUCCCCUCUCUCCCCAAUUAGGUCUUUACGUAUUUCAUAUUGUGUGUAUUUCAUAUUCUAUGGAUAUUUUCGCGUAUAGGUGUUUGUAAACAUUCUUGUAAUCAUUUGUGACAUUUAGUAUGGAAAUAAUAGGAUGAUACUUACAUGCUGCUAUUUAAAGCAUUUUUACCAGCAAUGUGUGAGCAUCAUUAGAAAUAAAUACCAUAAUGAUUGACUUAAAUAACUUUGAAGGCAAACAGUAUUAAUUUACAUUUAUUUUUAUUGAAGUAUUCCACACUUGAUUUUUAUGUUUUAGGGGACCACACUGUGAUGUUAGUGCUAGGAAAUUGCUAGGAUAAAUAUAUACGGUUUGAUAAAAGAAAGAUGAUUAAAUAUUAUAAUAUUACAAGCAUAUUAUAUAGCAUUGGUGAAUAGUGAUAAUUUGAUAAAGAAGAAUAACAUUGUAUAUGGUACCUAACUUUUUAAUGGAACUGCUGUAAUGUAACUACUACUAACUUUGUUAUCACUAUUGCUACAAAACAGCUUGAAAUAAUAUAAUAUUUAAUUAAAAUUACGACAUUGAUAGGACUUACAUGGUAAGAGGGCACGGUCAGGACAUAAGGCCUAAAUGGUAGGAAUACUUAACAGUGGAGGUGCUGUGGUUGUCUAUAUUAUUUUAUCCAAUAUGCCGACAUUUUAUUCUAUUGUUUUGAUAUUACAUGCCAACAUUAACAGUCAAUACUGUUAUUGAAUUUGUAAAAAUAUGAUCAUUAUCAACAGUUACUGUAUCAUUAUGCUCCCGCAGCUACCUCUUAUCGGCUGCUUUUUAGAUUUUAUAUUAUAUUAGUUAACAAUACUUAGGUGAUCGAUAUAUUAUGACUGUAUUUUUUUUCUUAGCGUUCAAAUAUAUUUUAAUGGUACCUAUUGUUGCCAAAUUAAUCAUCUAUAUAACGUCUUUUCCAGUGAUGUAUUUUGAAAUAAAUAUUGUGGUAGUAUAAAA